AGUGGAUUGCCCUCUCAUACCUAAGGUACUUACAACCCGAACAGAUGGAGUGUCUCAAAUUGCAUGUGGAAAACCCCCCAUGUACGCCAUCAUCCUCCCCCCUCCCUCCGAGGCUCCUUCACAUACACACACGGAACAACAACACGGAACUGCUGUCAAUGUCGCUUCCCUUUCUUCCCCCCUCCCUGCCCACCCUGGCCAGCCCACCCUACGAAAGCGCGUCGGACUGUCCAAAACUGCCAGGGAUCCCGCGUCGAAGGCGCACCCUCCUUCUUCAAGUGUGCAUGCCCAGACGGAUGAUGCUAUAGUAAAUGCUUAAUCUAUGGUGGCGGCCUGCGCUGUUGUUACUUGCAAGUGUCGGAAUCCCAAAAGAGGCGGUCAGAGCAUUGUUGUGAAGAUUAUAUCCCAAAGAGACCCUUGCUCCCCUCCAACUCGAUAGAGACAAAAUACCACUUCCUAGUCAAAUCUACACUAUUAGCGACUCAAUAUCAUCAGUCAUUGUCACGAGGC